UGUCUGAAUAUUGCUUUAACGCACACCUUCGGGUGGCCAAUCAUCUCCGGCAAACAUGACUAAAAUGUUAUCGGCCCAGGAGGCUUCCAAGAUCUAUCACACAAAUUACGUGAGAAACGCAAGGGCCGUUGGUGUUCUGUGGACUAUCUUCACCAUCUGCUUCGCCAUCAUCUGUGUGGUGGUCUUCAUUCAGCCUUACUGGAUUGGAGACAGUGUUGACACCCCUCAGUCCGGAUACUUUGGGCUUUUUCACUACUGCAUUGGGAACCCCAUCACAGGAGAGCUGGUGUGUAAGGGCAGCGCUUUGGACUUUGGAUCUAUACCUUCAGGUGCCUUCAAAACCGCUAUGUUCUUCGUUGGGAUCUCUUUGCUGCUGAUCGUGGGGACUAUUGUCUGCUUUAGUUUGUUCUUUUUCUGCAACUCAGGCAGCGUGUACAAGAUCUGUGCAUGGAUGCAGCUGGCAGCUGCGACUUGUAUGGUGAUAGGCUGUAUGAUCUACCCGGACGGCUGGGACUCAGAGGAGGUGAAGAGGAUGUGUGGUCAGCGGACGGAUAAAUACACGCUGGGGAACUGCACAGUGCGCUGGGCCUACAUCCUGGCCAUCAUCAGCAUCAUGGACUCGCUCACAUUAUCCUUCCUGGCCUUCGUCCUGGGCAACCGGCAAGACAAACUCCUGCCAGAAGACUUCCAGGUGGAGGAGAAGAAAGAGGAAGCAUGAAGACCCCUGCACAUCAUCAAACUCGAUGGACCCAAAUUAUACAUCUGAAAAAAAAAGUCAUUCUUUUAAUGUUUCUAUAGUGAGUAGUUGCCACCUUUUAGGUUACUUCAAGCAUUAUUUCUAAUAUACAAACUGCAAUUUUAUAUUUUGAGACCAAAACCAACUGAGUGUUUUAAAAAAAUCUGUUUUGUAAACUAGUAAACAGGAAUGAACUAAACUGAUUUCAAUUUAUAUGAAGUCACAUCGAAUAGCCCCACCCACAGUGAAUCUCAUUGGUCCAAAAACCUGCUCCACCCUUUCAUUCAUACCAAUCAGGGACUGGAAUAUUUUAAAUGUUUGUGUAAAAGAUUCGGAUUUGUUACCGGAUUCGUUC